AGUGGAUGCUUUUUUUCGGAUUGUCUUUUUCUAGAAAGACCCCAGAUCACCGUACUUCGAUCUGUAUUUCCCACUCCCGUGUGGUUGGAAUAGAGAUUUGUCCUGCAUUGUAGAUCUGUGGCUCGAUGAAAACAGCAUCUUUACUUUUUACUUUCUGGUUUUCCGCUCGAACAUAAAACGAAGAAUAAGUAAGUAUGAAGUCUGAUAUUUUCUCGACGCGAGUGGUCCCAAAAGCAAGGCGAUACCAUCCGGUAUAGGCUCGCACGUGUGAUGAAAUGGAUUGAGAACGAACAGUUUCUGUACAAUUUGACAAAAAAGCUUUCCAGGUUUUUGAAUAUCAAUAUUUUUUGUUACCUGGACCUUCGUUCUACUCUCGAUUGUUUAUCUUUUUAGUUUCAUACUUCUCGGACUCGGUCUCAUGAGCCCGCAUGAGUUCACAAGUACACCGUGUAGCAAAGUCCUAGUUCGACAAUCAUAAAUACAACUUCAUUAUCGAAAUAAGUUUAGAAGGUAAACUCAAGCUAGCAUGUUGUCCGCACUUCAGUACGCUUGAGCGACCACGUUCAUUAUAGAUAAUCUAUUCCCCUUCAUUUUUUGAUAGUUUUCAUUAGAUACCAAUCCAGUUAUCAUGUCUGCGAUGAGUGCCGCGUCUUUUCAAAGCCGCAUGCCGGAGACGGAGUUGGACUCACCUGAUGCCAAGCGUAGUAUCAGUGUAGAGAAUGCCGUCCGCAUCCCGAAGUGACGUAUUUCAAUUUUUGUCAGAAAGAAAAACAAAAAAGAAAUGAUAUCAAAGUGAAAAAUCCCCCCUCCCCAGAUCAAAAUGGAAAUUUGUGGUGCGGAUUUGUGGCCACAAAUCGCCUUUGUCUACUUGCCUGUAGGGCAGUGGGAGCCUUGUGGCGCAUUCUACAGCCAGCUCCAGCCUGUCUUGCGCUUUCCACUACUGCAAACCUGUUUGCUAUGGCAUACCCGAACAGGCUUAGAAAAUACCGCCAAACACUUUCUGCGCGACAAAUCUGAUUUGUGGCCACAAAAUAGGCAGCGUCACAAAUUUCCAGUUUAUAUGCUGGGGAGGGGGGAUUCUUCCUCACAAUAAAUGAAAGGUAAGCUCCUCAACAUAGUUGUUGUAUGUGUCAUGCAAAUUAGUUUUAGACUCAGUUGGACAGCGACGAGCAUCAGUGUUGUAUUGAGGCACCGCAAGGAUCAUAUUCACUGCGAUGUAAAAUGUUUCAUAGCUCGAUUAGAUUCCGUACACAGAAAGAAUCGCCGUCCUUUAACUCAUCUGACAUAGAAGCCGCGAUCGUGCUUUCGGUCGAUUUGGUGGCAAUGAAUGAAAGCGUGAGUUUGAUAGAUUUACUGGACGGGGUGCAAGAAUACAAACGUUUCUUAGGUAUGGGGCAGGUAUUUUUUUCGUUUCGAUACAUCGACGCACCGAACCGUUGGGAUCCCCCCACUUUGGGGCCGUUCCAACCAGCACCGGGACCACCACGUCUGCAGCUUCCCCGGCCAUGAGGAGCAAGCUCGGAUCGUUGUCCGGGAACCAGAAGCCGGCACAUCCUUCUUUUUUUUCGCCGCUGCGCUGUCCACGCGCGGAAGCCACCGGCACGACCCCACAGAUGCGGGGGAAACUCGAGUGGUCCCCCACGACUAACAUCGUUCGUACUCGCACGAAUUCGGCUGAAUCGACUGUCGCGAAGCGUGGCCGUACGGCAAGCAAAAACGAUGAGGGGCACGUUCCAAAGGAACCGCUCUUGAUCGGAAUUUCUUUAGACGUCCUGGUGAGGCAACGAACGACGAGCUCAGGCGGCGGCAGUAAGGACCCCAGCCCGGACAGCCCGAGGUCGUUUAGCCCCCGGACUAGUCUAGGAACGAGUAAGGCGCCGAUCGCCGAAAAUGCGGAAAAAAGGCAUGAAUUUCGAAAGGCUUUCAUCGAGGUAUUGGAGCACGACAGGGAUUACGAUCUCCACAAACAGGAGGUGAAUGCGAUCAUGGCCGAGAACGCAAUAACCGACCAAUCCUUGCGCGAUCUUGCCAAGCUGCCAAUGAGUACAGUAAUCCAGAAGAUCCCUUCGAGUUUUCGAUUAAAUUUGUAUGUGAUCAUAUAUAUACAACUAGCAACGCCAGCCUCGCCUGUAAUUAAGCACUCCGGAGCUGGAGCAUUUAAGUGUCCUCAUCUUGCCAGCUCUAGAUAACAAAUCCAAAAAGAAAAAAGCGCCGGGCCGCCGGCUCCGGCGGUCCCGGCUCGGGUGGCCGCAGUUACGGUGGCCCCGGUUCAGGCGGUCCCGGUUCCGGUGGCCCCGGUUCCGGCAGACUGACACUCAAAGGCAAGCUUGAAACUGAGACUCAAAGUCAGGCUUGACACUGAGACUGAAACUCAAGGUCUAGCUUGAAACUGAGACUCAAGGUCUAGCCUGAAGCUGAGACUCAAGGUCAAUUGUGAAACUGAAGCUCAAGCUUGAAACUCAGUCUCAAAGUCAAGCUUGAAACUCAAACCCAAAGUCAAGCCUGAUACUCAGACUCAAAGUCAAGCUUGAGACUCAAAGUCAAGCUUGACGCUCAGAGUCAAGCCUGAAACUCAAAGUCAAGCCUGAGACUCAGAAUCAAACUUGAAAUCGGAGCGCAAAGUGACACUUUUUAUACCGUGGCGAUUAAUAUCUAUUUACACAAGCAGGAUAAGACAUGAAAUCGCGCUCAAACGCGGCUGGCCCCCGCCUCGACCGGCCUUGGCCAAGAUUGCAAAACCGCGACCGCGCCGGGAUUAGCGCGGCCGCGAUUCGGCGCGCUUUUCACCACCGCCGCGCUUUCCGCGUUUGACCGCCCCCGGUUUUUUCGUUGGGCGACCGGCUUUUUUUUGGGGGCGCGGCCGCAUUUUUGUCGGGGGAGGACCGCGAUGGACUAUGUAUUUUCUCUCGCACGAGCAAGCUACAUAUGGCUGGAGGCGCAGAUCAUGAUCGAUCCGUGCACCGUUGGCAAACGGUGCGCAGGUUUAGGCCGGUGCUUAAGGCGCUCGUGAAGACGUUCACAUUUACCAGCUGACCACCAGAAAACGUACAGACGAACACUCGCUUGCUCUUUUCCUCUUUUUCUUCUUCGCGCCCUCUUUAGGUUCUCUAUGCUCCUCAUUCCUCUCCUAAAAAUGAAAAAAUCAGCGACUUAGGUGUGCUGUUUUAUUAUUUUUAAUUUUAUAUAGUUUUAUUAGGUUAGUAUAUGUUUACUUUGCUAUGCUUAUUGUUGUAUUUCCUUCUAUGUAUUCCAGUGCGCGACCGCGUUUGGGCGCGCCGCGUUUUGCAUGCCACUUUUCGGACCCGCGACCGCGUUUCCCCGUGCUGCGUUUGGGCGCGACCGCCCCCGCUUCGUCUUUGUUACAUUUCCCGACCCUUGGCUCCCCUUUGAAUCUUAUUAAAAAAGACGAAGGGCUGUUUUAUUUCUUUAUCAUUUUAUAUUUUUAGUUAGUUUUAGGCUGUAUUUGUUUACUUUGCUAUGCUCAUUGUUGUAUUUCUCUUAAAAAAGACGAAGGGCGCGAAGGGCAUUCUGUUCGAGAGAAAGGGAGCGCGCGCGAGAAAAUACAGAAACCAUUAGCGCGGCCCGCAGCAUUUUGCGGAUUCAGCAAGGGGCCCGGGGACGCGAUGCCAUUUGUUCAAUAAUGUUCGAGAUAGAUAAUAGCAAUCAGCAGCAUCGUGGGGGAUUUUGCCUCUCGUGUUUUGGCGCCAGGGAAAACAUUUGUUGCACCUUCGUGAUUCGCUCAUGGAGUGAUGAAUUGGCAUAAAACAACAGGUAGCAAGCUUUUAGAAGACACCAAGUAUCAAAGUGAAGACAACGGCCUCCCCAUAGAAAAUAAAUUAUGCGAAGCUCUUCAAUGCUGGAGCUGGAAAGAUAAAGACUGAUGUCAUUGCAGUUCGUACAUACGAAGAGUACCAAGAAAGUCCGCUGGGUCAACGCACGGUGUACUACCUGUGCGGCGUAGUACGUACCUGCGCGCACCGUCAAAGACCACUGGGGCGCGCUGCGUAGUACCUGCGUGCACCUUCAGAAGCGCGCUGGUGCCUUGCUUUUCAUGCUGCGCGCGCCACUAGAAGGACCGUAUGACGAUGAUGAUGAUGAUGAUGAUGAUUAUUGAAAGCUUCGAAAGCUGUGCGGCAUUAUUCUGAAACGAUAGCGAAUUUGAUCGGCAUUGUUCUGAAACGAUAGUUUGCGCCUUUGGGUGUAUUCGGAUUACCAGCAGGAGAGAAGUUUCCUUGCUACAGCAUUGAUUGUAUACCAAGAAAUGCCUCGCGCUUCUUGAAGAUGGGUGCUAUUCACUUUGAUACAACAGUGGGAAAAUUUUUGAAAAGCAGUGGUCUUCCUAAGGCAAUGGAUUUGGUGGAACAGUGGCGACAGGGCGUGAAAACAAGCAUUGCCGCCGCCUAUGAGAUUGAGAAGAUGAUUUUUGACAAGUACGCGACCACGUUGACAAGCGCCGGUCAUCUGACGAACAAUGGUCCGGGAUCUCCUGCGACUCGACCGAGCGGGGUUUCCCCUUCCCCGCUUACGACGAGCGUGACUCCCGCAUGGGAACAAGUGCCGGUCAGGGCUGUCGUGUCUUCCAGCGGGCGGGAUGCGGUGUUUCAGUAUGUGCAUGAUUUACGGGAGCUGCUUGCCUCGUUGAAACGGGGCUACAACUCGGAGCACAAACGAAUGCUAGUGAAGGGCGAGCUGACCGCGGAGCAGUUCGUUCGCAAAUUCAACGAGCAACCAGAUGUGUACAAUAGUCCCAGGGUGAAGCGGGCAAAAGAAGAAGCAAAGCACCACACAGAAAACGUCCUGGACUCCCACGCGGCCUUUCCUUUCUGGGACAAAAACCUCGUGUGUCCCAAGUGCGGCGACACCGCGCAUGGGUCAAGAUACAACAUCUCGCAUUUGGACGUUUGGGACACGUGGCGGGGGGAAGAUCGCACGCGGACCAUUGCGGCGCAAUGCUGCAAGUGUAGAUAUGAAUGGGUGCGGGAUGAGUAG